AUGACAAAGUUGACAGAUCUGGCUUGUGAGGUUGGCUCGGUGCAACGUGACCUUUUCGCACUACGAGCUCAGCUGCAGAAAGACUUAUUGGCGAGGCUUGGUAAGGUACUUGCUCGAGAAGCAAUGGCGCUGUCUGCGCGCACCGCCACUCUAGAGAGACAAAUCAAUACUCACCUUCUUCAGCCCUCCCAGAAGGCCACCGGCCUUCGAUCUACUUACGAAAGAUUGACAAAAGAAAAGUCCGCUUUGUCAGACAGCGUUUCAAAGCUCAACAGUCUGCUGGAAAUUUACACGGCCAGUGAACAGCAGUACCUUCAACUAGCCACUCAGAAGGCAGAUGCCCAACGGCAGAUGGCCUUCAUUCGUCAGCUCCAGCAGACAUCACCCUCGCUGCGAAGGCGGUCUCUGAGACCCCGACAGGGCAUGGAUUUGGAUGCUACAACGAGGGUAACCAGAUCAAAGAAAGGUUCAGAAGAAGGAGAAGAAAGGAAGGAAGUGAAAGAGGAAGCUGAGACCGCAGAAUUGACGCAGGCCGAGCGCGAGCAAAUCGAAGCGAAUCGUCAGAAAGCCCUUGCUCUGCACAGAGCCCGCGUGGUAACCACCGACCUGAUCGUCAAGAGGGGAACGAAACGCCAGGCUGCCUUGUCCCAACAGACCGACUCCGGUGGGGGCUUCUUUAUUGAUCCCCCUUCUUUGUCACAGAGCCAGGAGGUGGUUCGUUUUGAAAAGUCCGAGGAGGAAUCUGAUGUCUCCGAUGACGACGGCGUCGGUUGCAAAAGGCGGCGGCGAAAACGGCGAAAAGCACAAGUCAAAUCAUCCCAGUCAAGUCAGGCCGUAAUUUGCGUCAACGAGGAACCUGUCCUUCCUCGAGCUCCAGAUGAAGAAAAGCCAGUUUGUGAUGAGUGCGCGCGUGAAUUUGAGGACUCUUUUCUGCUACGGAACUUCGAUUGUCAAGUUUGUGAUUCCUGCAGGGACCCCAAUGGAAUUCACAGUUUAAUUACACGCUCUUCAGCUAAAGAGCGAUACCUUCUGUCUGAUGUUGACAUUGACGUGAGGGAACCACCUCUUCGCCGGAUAUUUAGAAAGAAUCCCCACAACUCUACGUGGGGUGACAUGCAGCUGUACCUUGAAGCGCAUGUGGCGGCGCGCGCGCUCGCGGUCUGGGGCUCCGAGGCGGGGCUGGAGGCGGAGCGCGCCAAUCGCAGCGUCAAACGCGAAAAGGCCAAGUUGCGGGGAUUUGAAAGGAAAGUCAAAGAGCUCCGCGUUCAGGUGAGAAGCAGUCUGUAUGCAAAGAAAUCGGUCACGCACGAGCACACGUUUGGGCCUGAAAAUUACGACGACAAGACCGACACGUAUUCCAAAUCGUGUACCUCCUGUGACUACACUGUAACUUUUGAAAAGAUGUAA